AUGCAGCCCGAAAAUCAAUGGAACUCAGAGGAUUCUCGGACAACCUUGCUCCGCGAAGAAGGGGAAUCUAUGAAACGCAAAAUUAGGAGUGUAUGGGCAGGCUUUGUGGAGUUUGCUCUCAGGGACAAUGUGCUCGAAGUCGCGGUUGGUCUAAUAAUUGCCACUGCGUUUACAGGCGUCGUCAACUCACUCGUUACUGAUGUUAUCCUGCCUCCUAUAUCGCUGCUCCCUUUCAUGUCCCGUAAUCUCGAAGAGAAAUUCCUGGUUCUGAGGAAGGGACCUCACUAUUUGAAGCCUCAUGGAUAUAACACACGACAACAAGCUGUGGACGAUGGAGCUGUCGUUCUCACUUACGGGGUUUUCAUCGACCAAUUCGUCAACUUCAUUGGCAUUGGUCUUGUGCUGUACACAAUUGCGAAUGUUUAUGGAUAUUUCAGCCGUGAUUCCAUCAUUCGACACACAGUCAAGUGCACUUAUUGUAGGAAGGAGAUCAGUUCCAAGGCUAAGCGAUGCCCAAUGUGCACAAGCUGGCUAGAUGGUCGGGAAGACGUAGAGACCAGCGCUUUACCCUUGUCACGUCCAGGACAGGCAUAA